AUGGCAGGCGCUCUCUGUGCACAAGUGCCGACAGAGAUCUGGGGCCUCAUACUAAGAGAAGUCGAUUUGGAGACGGUGUUCGAUGUUCGCAAGGUUUCAAAUGGCUCAGAAAUUUGGUUGACAGCGAAGAAGACGUUUGGCCCCGAUAUGCCCGCACUCAAAAGCGCCACGGGAUACUACAGCGAAAUCUUAUCAUUCGAACACAUGUGCUUCCUGCACGCCCGUCUUUCCAGGUCUUGGACCACCCCGAAGAUCUUUCACAAAUGGUGGGACUCCAAGGCACAACAGCGUGCGACGCCAUGGGGCGCCCUAAUGACGACGUCGCACAAAUUAUUCUACAGAUUUUUGGGUACGGACAGAUGUGGUGUCUUGCGUCUCUCCGAAUUCGACAAGUCGGACGACAAGGCGAGUCGACUUUACAGAGAACAUCAACUGGACGUCCUUGCCUUCCUCAGUGAGGAUGCUACCUCGAAGUCCACGGAUACGACAGUCAAAGACGGACCACGUGUAAGAGACUUUGAACACUACCGCUUCGACGGCAUCUGGGCCGUUCGCUCUGACAUGGAGGGCGCUAUGGGAUCGCCGGGAUCAUUCUGUAUUCUGCAAGGUUGCAAAAUUGUCGACGGCGCAUUUGAGCUUCUAGCCUCACUGCGUAUACCACUGGACGAUGGUUAUCUGCAAAUGCGCUAUCGCUCUUUGGUGCCACCUUUCUUGAAUGGACACACCUGCAUCGUUGUCAAGGGAUACUAUCCCGAUAGAGAUCUCGAUAGAGCUUUAGAUUCAUGGCAGCAGAAGAGGUGCUCCGUUUUCAUUUGGGACUUUCUACUAGACCAGUUGAAAGAGAUGCAUGUUGACAAGGACCAAUUUCCCCAUCACGCUUUCUACGAUGCCAGUGCCCAGCUUUUGCUUCUGUCACAAGAGGAAUUUGGUGUGAAUGUCCACAGCACGGCGGACCAAGACUCAGGCUUUCAAGGCAAGAGUCUAGUCACGUCUCCGUUGCGACACGCACAAGUAUUUGUGGGUACGAUUUACCCCGUAGACGGCGGAGAAGGACUUAAGCAUCACGCCCUGCGGCUCGAUUGGAAGAGGACCGAUGCGGUGUGCCCACCACUGGAGUAUAUCUGGCACCGCAUCGAUGAGUUCUUCGAGCAGCGGGAGUGCGGCAAAGCUGCUGAGGUUUGCAGCGGCAUGAGCUUGCAAUAUAAUCUAUACACAGGUUUCCACGACGAAAUGCACAUCGACAGCAGUACGGAUACUCUUGUACUGACAAAGCGUUGGGGGAUCAUCCUAGUGAGGCCUUUCAGUAAGCUUCAGAACCGCGACACACCUUGUCCUUUGCAGGUGGGACUCUUGCACUAUCACUGCAUUGCCAAACACGACCAUGGCCACGUUGAACGGAUCAGACCCUACGGAGGCUUUGCAGCAUCGAAAAAUGGGCGUCUAUGUCACGCAUUGCUGUUAAAAGAUCGGAGUGGCGAUAGACAGGUGCACAUUUUCGUGGUCGACCUAGACGCAUUCCGUCUUUUGGCUCGUCGCAAGACGAGCGAGAAUCUAUUUGACAAUGUCCGGAUCUUUGAUUUGCAGCAGCAAGGGAGCAACUCGAAGAUGCCACCUCGUCUCGCGGUAGAACCGAAUAUGGAGCAGCUCCAGCUUGAAGGUCGUCCCUCUGGUCUUCCUCGCUCAAUCUACUUGGAUGCGACGACAGUAUACGUACGGGACACUGAGCACAAUCUAUAUUACAUGGACUUCGGUCUGGCGGUCGCCACCGACACGAAGAGUUCUGCUGGGACGCUCGAGAAAGACAAUUAG